AUGUUAAAAGAUGAUUUAUUUACUAGUACUAAUAAUACUAAUAUAAAUAGUCUAGCAAUGAUUACUGAAAAACAAUCGAAAAUUCAUUUGGAUAACUCACCAAAAAGCAAUCAAAUAUCAGAAGAAAUUAUUUUAUAUCUUGAUAUUUUUACAUCGAAUGAAAUAUUACCAUGUUUUAUAGUUUCAUUUCGAGAAUACAUACUUAUAUUUACUCCAAUCACUGUUGAGCCAUUCUUUCAAAUAAUAGCACGUUAUUGUCUUCAAAAAACAAAAGAACAUCAAAUUGAUUUUGAAAUACAUAAUAUUUAUAAAAUGUCAUAUAUAUUCGAUAAUAAUUUUUCAUUAAUUUAUCUCUUAACUGAUCGUAAUCAUAUAUUUCGUUAUAAAAUUAAUCAAUCAAAUAAUAAUAAUAAUAUUGAAUUGAAUGAAAAACAUAUUUAUGGUUUUCAUGCAUAUAAUAUUUUAUCUAUUGGUUUAUGUGCUCAUAAAUCUUGGUUAAUAACUCUUGGUGGUGAUAAUUCAAUAAAAAUAUUUGAUUAUAAAGAUAAUAAUCGAGAGAUUAUAUCAAAAUAUAUUUCCGAUAGUGUAUAUGUAGUUACAGGAUCUGAUCCAUAUGGUUUUCAUAUAUGUCUAGCAAUGAAUAAUUGUUUUCAAUUAUAUUUAAUAACAAAUUAUGAAUUACAUAUGAUACAUCAAUAUGAUACACGUAGUAUACGAGAUUUAGAAAUGAGUCAAUCAGGACAUUUAAUAGCUGUUAUAACAAAUAAUUUAAUAAAAAUUUAUUCAACAAUUCAUUUUAAUUUAAUAAGUCAAUUACGUGGUCAUGUUGGAAAAAUAAAACAAGUUCAAUGGUGUAAAAAUGAUUCAAUUCUUAUUAGUUGUGGAACAGAUGGAAUGAUUUAUAUAUUUAAUAUUUUUACUGGUAUGAGAGAAAGUGAAAUAAUAACAAAACAAUAUCGUUAUAUUGGUAUUGCUGUAACAAAUAAUUGCAAUCGUAUAUAUGCAAUAACAUCAGAUUCAAAUAUUAAAAUAUUUAAUAAUACAAAUCUUGAACAAGAAUGUCCAAUUGAAAAUGGUUUUAUUCCAUCAGCUAUUUGUUUAUCGAAAUCUGAACGUGUACUUUAUGUUGGUAUGACACAUGGUAUCAUUCGUGUAUAUACAAGUCCAUUGAAAUUUGAUAAUUAUAUUGAUUUAUCAGCACAUUAUUCAAGUAUACGUCGUUUAUUAGUAUCAUAUGAUGAUGAAUAUUUAGUAUCCAUAGCUGAAUCUGCUUAUAUACUUCUUUUUAAACAGACAAUAAAUAAUUUAAAUUCUGUUUCAAGUCAAUAUCAAUUUUCACAAUUAUCUAUAGAAAAUGUUGAAAUUAUUGAUGAACAAGAAAGAACACAAACAAUAUUUGAAUAUAUUUUAGUUACAAAAUCAGAAUUUGAUGAACGAAAAAGAAAAAUAAAAGAAAUUCAAACACGAAUUAAUGAAUUUGAAGCAGAAAAUAAUUUAAAAUUAAGUUCAAAACAACUAGCAUUUUCUAAACAUUUAAAUAAUUAUUCAAAUAAAUUUCAAACAAUGAUGAAACAACUUAUUCUUACAUAUGAACAAUUAAAAACUGAAAUUGCAAAUAAUAAUUGUAAUUUUAUCAAUCAAAAAAAUGAAAUAGAAGAAAAAUAUAAAACACUUCAAAAUCAUACUGAAGUUAUCUAUGAAAAUAAAAUACUAGAAACGCUUUCACAUAUUCAAAAUACACAAUCUCAAUUAGAAAAACUUAAAAUAGAAUAUGAAAAUAAAAUAAUUGAUUUUAAUAAUAAAGAACAUAUUAAUCUAACUGAAAUAGUCAACAAAAUGAAUGUAACACUUCAAUCAAAAUGGUGUUCAGCUAUUCAUAAUUAUGAAACAAUUCAAGAAAAAGAACGUCAAAUAAAUGAAUAUAUAAGACAAAUGGAAAUCGAUAUUGAUGAUGAAAUUGAAAAUCUUAAAAUUAAUUAUGAAAAAGAAUUGAAAUUUUUAAAUGAAUAUGCAAAACAACUUACUUUUACUGUGAGUACUCUUCGUAAACGUUACAAUGCUAUAAUCGAUCGAUUAGAAUCUCGUGAUAUCAAACGAAAUGAUAUUGAAAAAGAAGUUAAAGAAUUAUACAAUCGUCAAUCAGAAUUAAUUGAAAAACUUGAUCGUUUUCGUUUAAUUAUUAAAAAGAAAGAAGAUCGUAUUGGUACACAUGAUAUAAAAUUACAUCGUUUACAACAACAUAUAUUACAUGUUGAAAAACGUAAAUAUGUUCUUGAUUAUAAAACAAAAUCUUUAUUAGAACGUAUUGAACCAAUCGAUCAAGAAAUAAUAAGAUUAAAAACAAAUAAUCAAAAUAUUGAACAACAAUUAACAAUUCUUAAAAAACAACAAAAUGAUUUAAUUUUACGUGAAAAUGAAUAUGAAAUUAAAUUAAAUGAAUCAUCUAAACAAUUAAAUCUAGCAAAAAGAAAUCAUCAAUAUAUAUGGAAAAUAGUUCAACAACAAAAAGAACUAAUAAAAAAAGCAUUUGAAUAUAUUGAAAUCAAUUGUACAUUUGAUAUAACAAAUCCGAUUAAUAAUUCAAAAGAACAAUUUAAAAAAUUUAUUCAGGAUAUGUGUAAUGCAAUACAGAAUGAACAACAAACUGAAAAUCAAUUAGAAAUACAAGGAUUUAUGAAAGAAUGGAAUAAUCAACGAAAGUGGUUGCUUAAUCAAUUGAAUAAUCUAACUAAAUAUACUGAAGAAAAUAAACAAUCAUUUGUUAAUAUUCAACGUGAACAUCGUAAAGCUAUUGCACCAUUUAUAAAUCAACUUCGUGAAUUACAUAAUUUAUAUGAUGAUAUUCAAAAAAAAAUUCAAAAACGUUUAUUACAAUUAAAAAUUAAAACAAAUGAACAAACAGAAUUUUUACAAAAUAUAUCAGAUAUAUUACAUGGAAAUAAAAAGAUUCAUUUAAAAAUACAUAAAAUAUAUCAAAAUGAAUUAUUAAUUGAAACUCAAGAUAAAGAAAUAGAUCGUUUAAAUUCAAUUAUAUUUCGUUAUCAAUAUUCUACACCAUGUUUAGAAUAUAAUCAAAAAAAUUUUAUUCAUAAUAAUGAAAAUAAUACAACAAGAUCAACAAUUCCAUUAUCAUCAUCUAUAAGAACUAAUGAUUAA